GGAACUCAGGGCACGUGGCAGCGUGUCCAAGGGCCUUGGUGACGCGGGCGCUUGGUAACACAGGUGCUGGCAGUGACGCGGCCACGCCACAGUGCUCGGUGCAUGUGAUGGGACAGGACGUGCCAGAGCUGUGCUGUGAGGAGCCCCAUGCAGCCAGCUCGCUCCUUGCUGACCCAGAGCUUUCCCGAGGCACUGCUCCUGCGGCUGGCCUUGCGGCCAGACUGCAGCACUGCUUGACUGGCAGCUUUUCUGGAGCAUAUGUCCUGAAGGUGCCCUUGAGGGCAGACUAGAAUGGCAGGCAGAGUGCUCAAACUCUUAAGAGUGUUUAGGGGGAAAAAACUGCAAGGCCAUGCAGCUGCCCCAGCACAGCAGACUGAUGAGCCAGAGCAGUUCCAGCCACUGCUGGAUGAUGCAGCCGUGGAGCAGACACAAGAGCAGGACCCCGCCCGUGGCCGCUUCCGCAGAGCAGCUCAGAUUUUGCUGAGGUUCCUGAGCACCCGGCGUAGAAAGGCCACCACCAAAGCAACUGAAGGCGCAGCUGAGGCUGACUCCAGGCUGAGCGAGAAGCAAGCAAAGCCUGAUGUUAGCACAGCAUCCACAGAGUGCACAGAAAACUCUCACAGGGCAAUGGUUCACAUGGCAGUGACUCGGGAUGUGGCCAUCAUGAACACUGACUCCGAAGUGGCUCAGGACAUCUCAGAGACUAACACCACUCCCGCUCUGGUUCUUGCUCCCUCCCCGGAUCUUUUCAAGCAGAUGGGUGUUCAUUCUCAGCAGCAGGUGCCAGCCAUGGUGAGGGACAUUCACCAGAGGCUUGUGUCCCGUGGGACUGUGGAUGCCCACAUGCGCAUGAACAUUCUGAGACUGGCUAAAAACCACCCUGCUCAGGUGGUGCUGGCCCUGCUGCGCUGUGCCCCAUCGUGUGACAGAGCUGCUGCAAUGAUAUGGAGAACCAUAGGAUCCUGGGGACCAGUGGCUGAGAGUGUCUUUCCAACACUGCUCAGUGUGAUGCAGGACUGGCCACUGCACAGCAGAUCCACUUCCAGUGGGGACAACAAGGCUGUCUUUGCCCUGGCUGCAACUCUGGUGCUGUGGGUGAUUGCCAAGGUGCCCGAGUGCCAGCACACAAUAAAACUUCAUUCCGCCCACCUGCUGGUGUCUCUGCUCUUCCAAGUUUUCGUCACCACAGAGCAGAUACCGGAGGAGGUCGAUAACUUCUGGAGAGCGUGCUGGGAGGAACACUGCCUUCCCACUAAGCCCAACAGAUUUGCGGUGCAGAACAUCAAGGCCCUGCUCUGCCGCCUGUGGUGUGACGAUGAGGGGCUGUUGGCUCUGGAGCGCAAGCGUGUCUGGGACACCCUGCUCUGUGCCGACACCCACCACUAUGCAGUGGGUCUGCUGGCCAGGGAGGUGCGCCGUGGCUUGAGCCACCUAUGUACACCAAUGACAAUCUGCCUGCUCAAACUGCUCGUCAGGGAGCAGCCCCGCUGGGAUCUGCCUGCCCUGGCUCUCCUUGUGGAGUUCCUGGACUGUCUGGAUUUGAACGUGUGUGCUCGCAGGAUGCUGACAAUCAUGUCCAAGCACCUGCAGAGCAAGUGCACGGCAAGGCGUCGCCUGGCGCUCAGAGGCUUCGUGGCGCUCAGCAAGUCUCCCUUGAUGGCCGAAACCCUUUGUGAAAUGUCACCAAAGUUCCUGGAGCUCCUGAGUGAUGCAGACGGAGAGGUGGUUGGGAUGACCCUCUCUGUCUUCAUGAAUGUGCUCCAGGACAAAGACAUCCUGGUGUCCUCAAGAUGCAGCACCACUGCCCCGAUGCUGGCUGAGAUGCUUGUGCCGCUCUUCAAGAAUGACAACUGGCAUGUGCAGCGGCUUUCCGUUCAGCUGUUUGAAAAGGUGAUGCAGCUAAGAGCGAAGAAGGGAACAAAGCUGUUGAAGACAGUUGUGAAGCAGAGCCUGUUUGCACUGUUCCCUUACUGCCAUGACGAUAACCAGGAUGUGGCAGAGGGAUCUUCAGGCACAAGGUGACGGGGCAGCAGCAAGAGCUCCAGCCCAUCCGUGAGGCCCUUCAAGCGCCUGGCAAAGAAGAGGUGUCUCCUCCUCUCAAUGCUGCUGCAGCUCCAGACUCUGCUGUUGCUGCUCCCAGCUGAGCCUGCCUCCUUCCCUUGUGACAGCUCCCUCCCUUCAGCCCAUCCUCUUUCCCUUCCAGCUCAUGCCUUUGCUUCAUUUUGCUUUAAUAAAGUUUGUCUUGUUCACUUUCCCCCAUGUCUCAGUGGAGCUUUAGUGAGGAAAAUUAAGGCCUGGGACACAAGGGCCCGUGCUGUUGUUUUCUUUCAUGUUGUGUUGUGUCCAGUGUAAUAGGGGAACAAGGGCAGACGAGGCUGAAACAGUCCUUGUCCUGCAGGUCCAGUUGCACAACGUGUUGCAGUUUGUCCUGGUUUGACAGACAGGUGUCUGCUAAGAAAGAAGGAGCCUUGCAUGAAAUGAAAUAUGGUUUCCUGGGUUUAGGGUACAGUUAGGUAUAGGGUUAAGGUUAGGGUUAGGGUUGGGGUUAGGGUAUCUAUACAUUAUGGGAAAUGCCUUUGGAUAAGAGAGGCUUCCCCAGGACCCCCAGUGAGUUGGGUACAACUGUCUCCUUUUGGGUCCCUGUGCUCCUUUCAGUGCUUGAGGCCUGCUGCACUUGGCAGAGGGGCAGGAGAAGGGAGAAGGCUGUGAAGAGCAGCUUUGGCAUCUGCCUGGGCCUGCGCAGACCAGCCCAAGCACGUGCAGUAGAGUGUGUUACUGCCCUUUCAGCAGAGGUCUGAGCUGGAUCAUCUCUGUCCAGCUCAGAGCCGCAAAGCU